AUGGGACCGUUAAACCAUUGAACUUUAAUCCAAAACGAAGACCAAGAAGACAAGACUGGCCGGGUGAACUGGUAGAAAAUGGCAUGUUUUACUUCGCGAAAUCUGAGUUCAUACGUCGUGGGUUACUUCAGGGAGGAAGAUGUGGUGUCGUUGAAAUCCCACAAAACUACAGCCUUGAAAUAAACACACGUUUCGAUUUGGAAGUGGCGCAACUACAUCUGGCCAGUCACUUGUUAAUAUGAGUGAGGUGUCAACAUGGCGACAGAUUUAGCAGUCGGUUGUGUGCCGCCUUACUACCGAGAAGUGUAUGAUACCUGCGCCCCGUCAACAAGUCAUGUAACGAAGGACGUUUUCACCAAACUUCUUGUAAAAUCGGAGCUUCCUUCACAAACGCUGAGCCAGAUAUGGGAUUUAGUAGUGGACCCAAAAGUGAAUGCUCUGUCUAGAACCAGUCUGUACAAAGCACUAGCGCUUGUGGCUUGGGCACAGCAGGGGAAACAGCCUAGUGCAAAACUUUUGGAAAAUUUUUCUGGAGAAGAGCUUCCAAGGCCAGAGCUUGGUGAUUUGUCUGAACUGCGUCAAAUGACUAGAGAUCAACAGGGAGUUACCCCAACUCGCCUUGGUCUCACAUAUACUGAACUUUGUUCCCAAGAUUCAGUUGAUGUUGAUCUUGUACCUGAAAAGAAAGGUCUCUUUCUGAAGCAUGUGGAAUACCAGGUCACCAGCAAGAGAUUCGGUUCAUUGGUGCGACGGAGAUACAACGAUUUUGUUGCCUUGCAUGAAUUACUUCUCAACCGUUUCCCAUACCGUCUGAUACCUAAAUUACCUCCAAAGAAAAUGGUUGGUGCUGAUUCGCAUUUUAUUGAAGAAAGACGGAAGUCAUUACGGCGAUGGUUGACUCUUGUGGCAAGACAUCCUGUUGUCAAUAAGGAUCCUCUUGUAAAUUUCUUUCUUACGUACGGUGGACCUGAUGUGCAAUACAAAAUACGCGAAGUUUUUCGCAGAAUGCCAGAUGAAUUUACGACAUCAGAGCUAGCAGCUACGGCCAAAGAUCUUGUUCCUCCAGAGACACACAGUGAAUUUGCAACAAGUCGGGACCAGAUCCGAAUAAUCUUGAAUGGCGUUGUACGCCUGAAGCAAAUUGCUGAUGCCAUGGCUCUACGAUCCCAUGGGUAUGCAGCGGACAUGGCCGAACUUGGCUCACAACUUACAGCAUUGGCAGGAGAGCCUCAUGGAUCGUCGUCUUGGGCCACUGGGGGUAAUCCUGUGUGGGCAGAUAUGAAAAAGGGCUUCCAUGUAAUUUCUAAAGAGUUUGGACUACUAUCAAGCAAAGCUCUGCGGCAGGCUGUGAGGGAAGAGGAAGAAGUCUGUGAGAAGUUGAACCUACUGCUUGAUGUACUGAUAUCUCAUCGUGAGCUAUGUGACCGCCAUGAACGUGGUGUUGCGCAAGAUCAUGCAAAGGCACUGGCAAAAAUGCUUGCACUCAAGAAAAGGCAAAUGCAAGGUGUCAUUAAAGGCACUGAUGCAGAGAGUGUGGAGCAACUGGAAGCUCGUAUGAUGGAACAGGAAUCAGUAAUAGCUAAUGUGGAGUUACGCAAUGCUUUCUCUCUUCAUUGUCUACAUAUGGAGACCCAACUAGUCCAUGCACAUAUUGAAAUACUUGCCUGUGUUCUGAGCACACUUGUAUCUGUCCAGAUUCGCGGCCAUUCAGAGCUGGCUGAGGUGUGGGAACUGAUACAGCCAACUAUAGUGAAGUGUCUUCCAGAAAACAGUCAGCAUUUAAAUGGUGACAGCCCUCUUGCAAAUAAUACCAACAGUUAGUGUUCUGCAGUAAGCACUUUGAUGGAUGUUUCCUACACUGAUACUCAGUAUGCAAUUAGUGCUCUGUAGCUAUAUGUAUGUAUAUUCAGAAACAUUGUUAUGAUAUACUUUGUUACUCUGAUGUGUUGUUAAGUGCAAUUCAGAGCCCAAAAUUAUGUACACUAAGUUGUUUUUGAGGGACCAGUUAAUUUUUCUUAAAGGGUAUGAAGCUUUUAGUACUUACAUGUGUGUGGGAGGGCAGGGGAGGGCGUUUAGAGAGAAGGAGAACCCAAUGUUUUCACUUUGGCACCACAAUCGCACUGUAUUUAUGGAAAGACUAUUUUUUCACCAGAUGACUGUUGAGAUACUGGAUAUAUACCUAUGGUUAUGAGAUAGCUGCACUGUCCUAAAUUAUUAUUGAGUCAUGGCUAGUCUCAGCCUAAGAUCAUUCUCAAGUAGUAUGUACAAAAUUGUUACAGGUCACACAAAUAUUAGCAGCAACAUUUUUGUGAGAUGAAACUGAACUCUUGUUGCUUUUAGAUUGUAUGAAACUUCCAGUCUGUCAAAUACAAUUUCUAAAAUGGGUUUGAUUUCCUUUUUAGCAUCUUUCUCUUCCCCCACCCCCCAGUAUCAGGCACACUUACACCCCGAUAGUAGACAAUUUUGUUGAACUUCGAGCAGAUUGUUUUCAAAUAUUCUGUUCUUCAGUCCUUUUUAAAUUAUGGAUAGAGAUUCUUUAGUUUUCCACACCAAAAAAGUAGGCAUCAGAUGCACACCUGUCAGCAGUACUUUCUUUUUAACAAAAGCGUUGAUUUAAUCCAGUGUACAAAUUUGAACGUUUUCAAUUCUCUGUUUUCUUCAGAAAAAUUUUCAGUUGUUCAUAGAACAGUCUGUAUUCUAUUUACUGUGUAACAUUAAAGUCUCUCAUAUCCAUCAUCAUUUUUAAUAUUCUUCUUACAAAUAGUGUACAGUAGCCAGACAUCACCUACUGGACACUGUAAGCAGAACCCUACCACAGCCCUCAAAAAGCUGCACAGCACCUUAAACACUAAAUUAACAACAAAGUUACAAACAUUGUAGCUAUAAAUCUACCAUCGUAUCUUUGUAGUCUGCAGUUUGGAGCCAGGGAUUAUAACCUCUGACUGCAAGAAGCAAGUUCUCGCAAGUACCGUAUUUUCUUUCAUCUUGCACGACUCCUAAUAUUUGUUCCCCUUCUGCCGAGGGUGCCUAUUUGGUAGUUUCUGGAGAGGGAAGGGGGAGUAUUUUUAAUAUCUUGGGAGAUGAAUGGUGACUUGCAAGUAACCAUAAGAGUCUUUGUUCUACUCCUCUUAAAAACUGUAUAAUACUGACUUUUAAAUCAUUUUCUUGAAAGAAAAACACCUGACUACACUAAUUUUUCCUUUCCCUGAGAGGUGGCUUGUCUUGUUCUGGUUUUCCAUGUACUAUUUAAGAAUGGCUUAAGUUCAAAAUAACUCAUAAAAAAUAAUAAAUUAUUGCAAAGAGCAGCUAUAGCAUAAACAUGAUUUUGUGAUUUGUAUUUUUGUGUAUAUUUUAGUUGGCAGUAAGUAUUCUGCUCCUGUUGUAGUUCGUUGGUAGCCAGAGCCAGACAAAACUACUAUUGAAUCAUGAUGUCUAAAAGAAAAAUAAACAAAAAUUUUAAUACCUUGCACUGACUGAAAUUGACAGUGUAUUUUGACUGUUACUUUUGCAUUGCAAAUGUAAAAGAGGGAACACUGCUGUAUUGGACUGAAAUAUAAAAACCAGUAUAAGACUAAUUUAAGUUACUGGAAUGUUUGGAUGACACAUCCAUUGUUUUCUAACUAGGCUGACAUUACUGCAGAACCAGUAAAUUUAGCACCACAAAGGAAAAGAGAAAGUUGAUUUGAGAAGAUAUCUGAUGCAGCUUAGCAUGGAGUGGAGUGACAGGAAGGAAGAGAUCUUGAAAUCAGAGUACAUAUACCUAAGAACUGUGUGAAAGGGGACUGACUAAUGAAGACAAAUGAUGGAAGAAAUUGUGGGAGGUGGGGGGCAUAUGUGAAAGAUGAAAACAUUGCGUUUCACAGCUGAAGCACUACCUGUUGACACCUAAUUUACAGACUGUCUCAAAGCUUGCAUGGCAGCACAUAUAUUGUUCUCAUAUCCACAAAAAUCCUGCAUCCUAAUAGGAGUGCACAAUGACUGAGUUACAACUUGAAGUGUGAAAAUACAUUUAAUUUGGCUAAAACCGCGUGUUUCUCUUCCUCGUAGUAUUAAACAUAAAAAAAUACUGCCAGAAAUGAAUAGAACCCACUGUAAGGCUUUUAUUAGAAAAUUACUGCAGUGUUUCAAAAUGUGCAGUUUGUGGGAGGCGGAGUAUAUCACCAUCAGAGCAAAAAGGGGUGCUCUGGUGUCUGAAUUGCCACAGAUUCUGUUCUAUCAUCAGUAACCAUUACUUUGUGUCUUUUUUUACUUUCAUCUGUUUUCAAUUUGUAAGGGAGAAUGGAGCAUAUUUACCAUUUAGCAUCUUUCUUUUAAUCAUUCUUUGGAUUCAUAUGAAAAGGAGCUGUUAGCUGCCAAUUCAUAUUUCUUGUUCAUAUUUGAUUUGAUGAACAUAUUCAGGAUUGAACCACAUUGUAAACUUCUGUAAAGCAUUGUAACACAGGAAAUUCCAAUGGCGAGCAAAAAAUUAUUAUUCAAUGUCGAAGAUAGAACUGACAUUGCCACAGGGCAUAAAAUUUUUUUGGAACAUUCGGCUGGAUAUCGAUGGGUGUGGGUAAAGGUAAUAAAUAGUACAGGGUGGGUUAAAUCACAGAACGUGGUGGAAAUGGCCACUGUUGACACUGUGCUCAGUUUAUCAAACUGUGAGAUGUAACAGCUCUGCCUCGAGGCUAGAGGUGGUGGCAAUUCAAAUGAUGUUCUAUAGUUCCUCCAGCAUGUGUGGAUUAUUUGCAUGCAGCUGACUGCUCAGUUUGCCCACAGAUAAAAAUCACAGUGAGAGAGAUUGAGUGUUCGAGGUGGCCAGGAGAUUGCACUGCCUCUGCUGAUUGUCUUCUCCUCGCCGAAUACUUCAUGCAGUCGUGGCAAGGUCGUCAAGGCAGUGUGUGCUGUUGCUCUGUCAUACUGAAAAUACCCAUAUAGUUAUUCAUCUUCUGUGAGUUGACCUACAGAUGGAUUAAACAGUUUCUGGACAUACAAGGUAGCAUUAACAGUUUGGUAAAGAAUGGUGUUACUGUGCAGACACAAGACAUUGCUGACCAAACAUUAUUCUUGAGAUUAUGCAACAGCUCUUCGAAGCACUUAUGGGAAUUAUCUGUGCAUAAUGGUGCACGUUGCGUGAUUUCACAUCCUUGACAGGCUGAACCAGGCCUUAUCUGAAACAAAUGAUGCAUCAAAAUCAUGCUUUCCAGCAUUUUCUGCAUUGGGCAGUUCUCCUGUUCUUUAACAAGGGUGAUUUCCCUGUUAGUUAUAUAAAUAUUUUCUGGGACCAGUUAAUUUUGCCCACCCUGUAUGUGUGAAUCGAAUGGGAAGAAGGUGCAACAGCUGGAAGCACUGGAGAGCACUGAUUCAUUUUAAGAUGGUAUGGCAGUGUAUAAACACUAGUACUGUAGGUGUGUGGCAUUCUGUUUUCCUGAAAAUAAGGAGAGCUUGCUAUACAUCAAGCUUUGUUUGUGAGUUAUUGUUUAAUCCCCAGUGUUUCAUGUUAUUUACUAGAAUGUGAAAUUUUUGUCUUUCGUCAUGUGUUACUUUGGAACAAUGACUGAACUGCAGUUCAAGAAAUCUCUAGAAGAAACAUUUAAAAAAGAAGGUAAUAGGGUGGAAAGAUGGAGUCUGUUCCUCCAUGUUUUAUUUUUACUCUGUUGCAAAGAUUUUUGAUUUGUCUAGUGGGAAGAGAGAUUUCAGCUAAAUCUUAUCUUUGAGGAAAACCUUAAUUGAAACAUUAUUUGUAUGCUUCCACCAGUUCAUCUUUCGUGCUCAGUAGAGCAUUUUAUUGUAGAAAGAAGAAUUUAAGUUCAAAUGGUAAAUGAUUCAACUCACCAUAAGAAUACUAGAAAAAAAAUGCGCGCACCCCCCC